GCAGAUUUUGCAUUUUAGGCACCUUCGAGGUGGCGCACGUACAAGGGGGCCCGCGUGGGGGUUGCGAUCUCUUCAGGAGGGGUGCAUGUGACUCCUCAGCUCAACCGUCCUCCCUUGGGAGCCAACUUGCCUCCCAUCAUUCCGAGUCCGAGUCGGCAUAGCCAUGGCAGCUUCCUGCUGAACCGCCAGGGCUGGCUUCAAGGGGGGCAACAGAUCUGCAGUGCAGGUUUGCUGAUAACGGUUUGCUCUCACAUCUGGGAGUAUGUCUGGCACUCUGAAUUCUGACCAGGGUGACAGCACUGCAGGGAGCGUCCAGGAGGAGGAGGAUGCUCUCAAGGAGGCUGUGCAGCCGGCUCCGACGAAUCACCAAAGGAGCUCUCCUGCUUCUGAGGAGUCCAGUCAGGUCACUGAAGAACCAGAGCAGCACACGUCGUCGGCAGUCUAUCAGCCGGGAGCGGCUUCAACAAGCAGCCAGUUGACAAGUGGCAUGGAUGGAAGGCUAGAGUCGUCUGCCAACAAAAGCGCGCCCCUCUCCCGCACUCCUUCGCCUGGCGUCGGCCCUCCGGACAAAUCUCGCUCCCCCCCCUUCGAGCUGAAGUCGAGCCUGCCCAAGCGCGGAAGCAGCCGCCCCCCGGGCUCGAGCGGGCCUCCCUCUGAAGGACACACUACCCCCCCACUGCAGCAGCUGCGCAACUCCGGCUACCAGCAGGAUCAACCCCCCAGAGGCGCUUACCACCCCCCAGAACAGUUCGGGGUUAUGCCGCAGGGCCCACGAGGGCCUGCCGGGGGGGUGGGAGUAGGCCACGGGUGGCUGGCGAAGGAGCAUCAGCUACCCCCCCACCAAGAGAUGGCGCGUGGUUGGCCUCAAGCGGGGGCCCAUGGGGCGCAUGGUUACUAUGAGCAGCCGCGGUACAGCCCCCCUGGCACGGAAAACGACAUGCACUACGCUGUUCAUGGAGGGGAUCACGGGGGGUACCAGGGGCUGAGGCCACCAAUUGGAAUGUAUGACGACCAUGGUAUGCAUGGCAACUACCAGUACCCCCCCGACAGCCAGGGCCUCCCCUACAACAAGCAGCACAUGCAGCCCAUUGCUCCCAACCGCAUGCACAUGCACGGCGGCAUGUACAACCAGCCAAAGGGACACCGCGGGCGCUCCUACAAUCCGGGCAGGGUUCACCCUGAUUACCCUGUGGAGCAAGUCGACCCCCAUAUGGCACGCGCACAUCAGGAAAUGCUCGCUCAGCAGCAGCAGCAGCAGAUACGGGGCCAGGCCCCCCAGAACAUGCAGCGCGGCGCAUACCGUGGCCAGCGCGACGGCGGCCAUGGCAUUGAUAAGCAAUUUGACGGCAUGCGCCUCGACCAAGGGGGCCCCAAGAGCAGCUCGGGACUUGACGUGCACGCUCCGGAGUACGGGGGCGGCAAGAAGUACUCCCCUCCUAACCAGGAGUUCCUCAACUUCUCCCCCGGGAACGAGGAGUAUCUGAGCCCGUCGGGUGCGGGCUCCCGCGUUCCCCCCUCCGAGAACGCCAAGCGUGACGGCUCGAGGAGCGUUCUUGGUUGCAUCGGAGACGGGCGCAGGGGCAGUUCCGGCACGGAGUCGGAGGGAGGGGGAGACUUGCAGGCCCCCAGCGCCUCGCGUCCGGGCACCUCUCAAAAGGGGGGGUCUGGAAUGAACAGGACCGGGGGGGAGGAAAAAGGUGGGGAAGGGUACGAGAAGGCGGCCAAGAUGAGCUGGGCGAGCGUGAUGGCGAACGGCAUGGCCAAGGACGAUGAGAAGAAGAGCGACUCGGAGGACGGGGAGCCGAACCUGGAGGACAAGAACUGGGUGGAGAAGACGAUCUCCAAGCAACAGAGGGAGAAUGAGCAGCUCCAGGCAGCGGCUAUCAAGCUGGCGCAGACAGUGGUCAACUACGAGAUGCGCCAAGGAAAGGCGGCCGGCGCGGACAAGCCGAGUGUGGAGAUGGAGCUGCAGGGGCUGAACGGGACCCACUUCGCCAAGGGCGCGCCAAUCUGCGUCCACUUUCUGCAGCACGGGCAGUGCACGUGGAAGAGCCGCAGCUGCCCCAACAGUGACACGCACCACUGCGGGCGGUGCGGGGGGCCUCACGGGACCAAGGCUCACUCGUACCUGCUCAAAGUCCUGGACCAAAUGCGCUAGGGGCAGGGGGAUACGGG